CUUGCACUCAACCUCAGUCCAAGUUCACUUGCGUUCUCACUAAAUUUCAAGCCAACAACGAAUUAUCUUGGUCAGAAUCUACAGCGUCCGCAAGCAUCGAGAUUGAGUUCUUACUGCGUAAAUGAAUCUCGACCAACAAAAUAGGGACCAAUACUAAUCUCGAAAUUCCUUGCUCUCCAAUAUCCGACUUGAGAUCAUCACCAGAAAGGGGUUGAGAAGAGAGUGACCAAGUGGUCGCCAUAUCAGAGGUGCCCUCUCUGAUACUCAUCAAAUACAAUAAGGAGAUAACAUUGCUGUUCGAUCAAAGUAUUCAUUUGCCUCAUCUCAGCUGUAUAGGUAGCAAGAUCUACACAGCCACAUCUAAAGCAUCUCUUCCCAGCAUCAACAUACUAUUCUCACCACCAUUCACAAUGCCACCUCGCAAGUCUAGCUCGCGAAAAAGCGACACUUCAACUGCACGAUUUGUCCCGAUGGAUGAUGUGUCACCCUCGGAGCAAAGUCCAGCACCCGCUCCGACACAUGACAACGAUUCCAUGGCCACACAAGUACCUGCACCAGCACCAGCACCAGCACCAGCACCCCCAGCUGCCAGUGAGACUGCUGCUACGGAAGCUGAAGCGGAUUUUUCUAUGACCCAGAAUGGAGACAAGAAGGACAAGGACAAGGACAAGGAUAAAGAGCAUAAGGAGCACAUCACCAUCGAGGACUUGACCCUUCCAAAGUCUAUAAUAACCCGCCUGUCCAAGGGUGUUCUACCCCCCAACACACAGAUCCAGGCCAAUGCCAUCAUGGCUCUAAGCCAGAGCACCACAGUGUUUAUCAACUACCUAGCGUCUCACGCCAAUGAAAACACAGUAAAUGCAGGCAAAAAGACAAUCUCCCCUGCAGAUGUCUUCAAGGCCCUUGAGGAGACCGAGUUUGCGUUUCUUAAAGAACCUCUUGAAGCUGAAUUUGCCAGUAUGUCUUUUUAUAUGCCCUGCCAUGUCUUUCGUUAUGGGACAGAUCGUAUGACAAGACUGCUAAUACCCUACACAGAGUUCAACGCUAUCCAGACUGAAAAGCGCACAUCCUACCGUCAAAAAGUCCGCGCCAAGAAGUCAGACGGGCCAGACACUGACAUGCCAGACACCUCCAACAUGGAGACCGACGCAGACACGACAGCUGUCUCAACAGGCCCUCUAACUAAGCGCCCUCGUGUAGAGCCUGGAAACGCAGAGGCGGAGGAGGAUGCCGUGACGGAGGAUGAGGUUGAGAUCCCCGAAGAUUCAGAGGACGACGAAGUCGAAGAAGAAGACGAGGAGGAGGCGGAAGCUAGCGGCGAUGAUACCCAGGAUGCCCUUGAGCUCAAGGAAGGGAAAGAGGAGAGAGACGAGGCAUUGGAUGGGGAUGAGAGUGAUUAGAAAAAUGUAGUUAGCCAUUCGGCCUGGGGGUUGGAUGAACGACUCUGGUGUUCAUGGUGCCACUGUCACACAAUUUAUUGACACGCCAUUCUAGUUUACUUUCCUUCAGUUGCCUCCCU